AGAGAUCUCUAUAGUGGGCGCUCCAUUAAAACCGUUGGCGCUCCUGACCUUGGCGUCGUGAAUGCGCAAAGCCAGCAGCGCAGACUGUGCAAAGCAGGAGAUGUCUGAUGUGAGGAAAGAUCUGAUGUGUCUCCGAUAGGGAAGCGCGGGCGGGCGGACACGCGUACAUUCCAGCCCAUUGUCUUAUCACCGAGCCGACAAGGGGGAAUGCAAUGGAGGACGUCCACAGAUGGAGCGCGUAACGGCGUCUGUUAAAGCAGAUCGGUGUUCUCUGCAACGAAAAUGAGAAGAGGCGAUGGCUCAUACCUGCCUGAGGUGUAUUUGGAUUUGUUAAGCAUCGGAUCCGAAAGCAGUCUGCGUGACGAGUUCAGCACCAAGGACCUGAGCCGACACUCGUCUACGUUGGUGUUGCGCAAGGAUACAAACCAUGUGGCCGGCUACAUCUAAAGACCAUCUGCUGCCCGCGCACCUGCUCCACCAGCAAGGGAGCGUUACCAUCACCCAUUGCGCUCUGCUCUGGUGGAUAUUAUGCUCCUGCUGGUCAUUUACCAAGGCCACGAGCCAAAAGUUCUACCCCACGGUGACCACCCAAUUCGGGAAACUGCGAGGCCUCAGGGUGCCCGUGCCCAGCGAGGUGCUCAGGCCCGUUGACCAGUAUCUGGGGGUCCCUUACGCCGCCCCGCCGGUGGGGGACAAGCGCUUCAUGCCCCCGGAUCAGCCAUCUGCUUGGUCGGGCAUAAAGAACGCCACCCACUUCAUGCCCGUGUGCCCUCAGAACAUCCACAGCACAGUGCCAGAGAUAAUGAUGCCCAUUUGGUUCACCUACAACCUGGACACGGUCGCCUCGUACAUCCAAGAUCAGAGCGAGGACUGUUUGUAUCUCAACAUCUACGCUCCGACGGAGGAAGGGAGCCAACACAAGAAAAAGGGCUCAUCUUUUUCUCAUGCUGAGACACAUAUAUCAGAAGAUAUAAGGGACUCGGAAGCUCGACCCGUGAUGGUAUACAUCCACGGAGGCUCCUAUAUGGAAGGCACCGGGAACAUGAUGGAUGGCAGCGUGCUGGCCAGCUACGGCAACGUUGUUGUGGUCACGCUCAACUACAGAAUUGGAAUAUUAGGGUUCCUCAGUACCGGAGACCAAGCUGCAAAAGGGAAUUAUGGACUCCUGGAUCAAAUUCAAGCUCUCCGUUGGAUCAGUAAGAACAUCGGCUACUUUGGAGGGGACCCGGGUCGUAUCACGGUUUUCGGAUCUGGAAUCGGAGCGUCCUGCGUCAGUCUGCUAACACUGUCCCACCACUCGGAAGGGUUGUUCCAUCGAGCCAUCAUUCAAAGCGGUUCUGCGCUGUCCAGUUGGGCUGUCAACUAUCAACCGGUCAAGUACACUCGCAUGCUGGCCGAGAGGGUGGGCUGCAACGUGUUGGACACGGUAGACAUGGUCACCUGCCUGCAGAAGAAGACGGCAAAGGAGCUGGUGGAGCAAGACAUCCAGCCCGCCCAGUACCGCGUGGCAUUCGGGCCGGUGAUCGACGGCGACGUCAUCCCCGACGACCCCGAGAUUCUGAUGGAGCAGGGCGAGUUCCUCAACUAUGACAUCAUGCUAGGUGUCAAUCAAGGGGAGGGGCUGCGCUUUGUGGAGAACGUCAUGGACCUGGAAGACGGCGUGUCGGGAAGUGACUUUGACUUUGUCGUCUCCGACUUUGUGGACAGUUUGUACGGCUACCCCGAGGGGAAGGACACCCUGAGGGAGACCAUUAAGUUCAUGUACACGGACUGGGCCGAUAAGGACAAUCCGGAAACCAGGCGGAAGACUCUGGUGGCUCUGUUCACAGAUCACCAAUGGGUGGAACCCUCGGUGGUGACGGCCGACCUCCACGCCCGCUACGGCUCCCCGACCUACUUCUACGCCUUCUACCACCACUGCCAGAGCCUAAUGAAGCCCGUGUGGUCCGACUCGGCUCACGGAGACGAGGUGCCCUACGUCUUCGGCAUCCCCAUGAUCGGCCCAACCGACCUGUUUCCCUGCAACUUCUCCAAGAAUGACAUCAUGCUCAGCGCUGUGGUUAUGACAUAUUGGACCAACUUUGCCAAGAGCGGGGAUCCCAACAAACCGGUACCGCAGGACACCAAGUUCAUCCACACCAAGGCCAACCGCUUCGAGGAGGUGGCCUGGUCCAAAUACGACCCGUACGACCAGCUCUACCUGCACAUCGGCCUCAAGCCUCGCAUCCGUGAUCACUACCGCGCCACCAAGGUGGCCUUUUGGAAGCACCUGGUUCCGCAUCUCUACAACCUCCACGACAUGUUCCACUACUCUUCCACCACCACCAAGGUCACCCCGCUGGAUCCCACCCAAUCCGGCGGCAAGCGAACAGGCGGCACCGGCCGGCCGCCAAUGUCCACGGGCCUGAACGGCGACGAAGGCGGGAGAGAGAUGGGCCCCCUGAUCAUGCCCAACCCUCGAGAUUACUCCACGGAGCUCAGCGUCACCAUCGCCGUGGGGGCUUCUCUACUCUUCCUCAACGUCCUGGCCUUCGCCGCGCUCUACUACCGCAAAGACAAACGCAGCCGGCAGGAGACGUCGCAGCAGCCCAGCCCUCAACGCGACAGCAAAGGAAACAACGCCGUUAGCGUGGACGAGACCCUUUCCCGGAACCAGUGCGAGGCCCUCCGCAACCCCAUCCACGUGUCCCCCACUAUGGACUACGCUCUCACCCAGCGCCGCUCUCCCGACGACAUCCCGCUGAUGACGCCAAACAACAUCACCAUGAUCCCCAACUCACUGAUGGGUCUGUCCAACAUGAGUCCAUACAGCACCUUCCCCGCUGGCUACAGCUCUGCAGGUCUGCCCAGCACUCACUCCACCACACGGGUAUAACUCGGCCGCUGAGCAGACUUGGCGUGAAGACGCAAACAUGUAAAGUUGUAUUUAGGAUGUUUAGAUGAAAUAGGAUGGAAUGUUUUUUGGGGUUUUUUCCAAGCAAGCUCCAGCUUCCUGCUUGCUCUCUCAUAACAGACAGUGUCAUUGUCACACUCAUGUUGCGCAAUGGCCGGCAGGCAAAAAAAACAACAACACAUAUUUGACAUCAUGGCUUUUUGGGAUUUUUCCUGGAAGGAACUAAUAAUCACAUUUUUACUGUUGGAUUUGUACGGGAAGCUCUUUCUUAUUAUCUGUUUUGAUCUGGUAGAGCUAUGGGACGUGACGACUCAUCGCAGGUCGGGGAUGAGAUGUUGAAGAAGCGGAAAACUUCAGUCUUGCUAUUAUUGAUAUUUUCUACAUAUUUCUCAUUGCUUCUUACGACGACGCAUUUUUAGCACAGUUGUUUUCAAACCGUUUUGCGUAAUUUCGUCAAAAGUGUACUCCAAUGCCAGAUCCUCGAGUAUCUCCAAAAUAUUUGACAAUUUAUACAAACAUGCCUUCCUACGCUAGCUAGGCUGGUGAGUAGGUGCCGCCGCUACAAAGAAAAUGUAAAUUAGGCAUUCUUGACAAAAGAAAUGUUUUGCAUAUGUAGUGUUGUGUAAUUUAUUGUACUAUAUUUGAGUAUCCUUGCUCUUUUUUUUUUCCCCCUUUCAAGUUUUCAAGUAUGAGUUAUUUUCCGCUUAAUACAUUGUACGACUAUAACCUCUGCUUCACUAGAGAAAACUUUAGGCUCAAAAUGUGUUUUCCUACUCUAACAUACUCUUAAUUCUUUGGGCUUUGCUUGUUUGUAUAGAAUAACAUUUGAUUGCUAUUUCUUUAUUAAUAUUCUAAACUCUUCAAAAAAAAAAAGAUAUCUGUAAUUACGUUGUGGGUGUAGUAUGUAUAACAAAGCCAUUAUUGGCAGUUAAAAUGUAGUCGCAUCGAAGCUACAUUACAAGUCGCCGAUAGUUUUCAGAGUGGUUCGGACCACGCUUGGUUGUCUGUUUUCGGAAGGAGAAGAUGGACUUUACGAUUUUAGUUCUUUCAACCAAUCAUAAUGUGCUUUAACCUAUUAAAGAAUUUUUCCAACUAAUGAUGAGAUUUGUUGAGUUCAGAAGGGUUACUUGGUGCAAUGGUGAUGCGUAUACUUUUCACUUUUAGCUAACACGGCAUUGUGGUCAUCGAGGAUUUCUGUUUUCAUAUCCUAUUAAGCGAACAGUAUUUUUUUUCUAUGGGGAUAGCCGGAAGAAAAAAAUCUUAAAAUAAAAUAUAUCAUACUGUCAUACAAAGUAGAAUUGGACCGAACAAUUUUAAAUGUACAUUUUAUUUGUAAUUUAUUUAGUGAUUCUUUCGUCUUCCACUAGAGGGCGCCAGCAUGUGACUGCUGACACUCGUAUCGCACUUUGAUGCUAAAUGCAUGUAAAACUAAAACCAGAUGUUUUGGUUUUAUCUUGUAAACCUGUUAAGAAUUUCCCAACUCCACAAAUGGUAUCGCAUUUUUCAGCCACUUCUUGUAAAUUCUAACCGCUACCCAUUGUCUUCUUUUGUUGUUGUCUCCUUAACCCUCUCGUGCCCUUUCCUCACUUGUUAGCAUGAAAGACUUUCCGAAGUGCUUAGUUAAAAGCGGAUAAAUCAUUCAUUUGUUUCAUCAAAAGCAAAUACUCCACCGCAGGAGGUCAUUGCCACUGAAUUUACGUCCUCCAAAAUGCUUGCCUGUUUGUUUCAUGGCUGCUUGUUUGUUUUUCCAGCACGGAUUAGCGCAGCAGAGAUAAGAGGAGGUGCAAAUAUUAUUACAGCUCCGCCUCCCGCUGUUCAAACACAUGUGGAACACAGUGUCCGGCACGCAAUCAUUUUAUCACACGCCACAUCCGAUCCAGAUAACACAGAUGCAGAAGAAUUUGCUAUUGCAUGGUUUGUCGCUGUCCAUGGUGCUGAUCAGGUGAUUGCAUCUUGUAGCGUUUGUGAGCUGGAUGACAAAUGCGUUUGUUUAAAGUCCAUUUAUCCACUGACUAAUGACUUUAAAGUAGUGUUUAAGUGUUAUAAUAAUUCAUAACGUGGGCCGCUCACAUCUCCCCUGCUCCCCAUCUGCACCCCCCCCCCUCCAAUUUGAAUACUUACAUAAAUGACUCUAUCUCUCCCGCGAGCCACUGAAGACUCCUCAUCUUUUUUUUUUUGAUCGUCAACAGCAAUAUCAUGCACCCCGUGUCCCGAACGCUGCCUUGUGUGCCAUUGCUUUAGGUUAAUGAAGGCUUCUCAUCUCCUUGCGUUCUUUUCAAAGCCAUUUCAAAAGUGUCUGUCCUCAUCCACACUUGAGUUUAACAAUGCCAGCGUCGUUAAUCUUCUUCUAUACGAUGUUGUCGUUAAAGCAAAAGUAUCUUUGAGGGGUUCGAUUUAAUUGGAAAACAAAUCAGUCACGAAGAUGAUGGCAUAAAAAGUUACACACUUGAUGAUAAGAACUCGCUCACAAAGUCUUCUUUUAGCAAUGACCAAUCCAAAUGGAGUGCAAGAGAGAUUCCAGCUAUGUGUUUAAAAGGGCAUAGCAUGGAAAAAUUAGAAGGGGAUCUUAUUCCCCCUAAAAAGGGGAGCAUAGCAGUGUUCUGUCCAGUUCCACACUGGCUUCUUUGUACUGAACCCAGCUUUGACAUCAACUGGGUCAAAUAAGGAAGGGUGGGGGGGAGCGGGCAGCAGCUGGACCUGACUGUCAAUGUCACCCUUGUUAGACAACUUCAUCAACGUCCGUCACUAGCAUGUCGAUUUGUUUUGCUACCUUUUCCCAGGCACACCUCUAAUCGAUGUUUAUUUCGACAACACAACUUACGGCUAAGUUAAUUUAGAUGCUGAGGAAAUCCAUUUGUUAAUACAGCAUUUAAAUGAAAGAAAAUGGAAAUUAUGUUGUCUUAUUGAAAUUAAACAUCAGUAGCUUGGGCGGCAAAGAGUCAAAUAUAACUACUUUUAUUAGUUUCGAAGCAAUUUAUUGCUGGUUUUAUUGUUAACAAGGCUAUUACAUGCAUUGUGUUUUUUAUAUUAUUAUUGUUUAUUAACAUGUAGCGCCUAAGCUACAUUUACAAUAAAAAUAUUGUUACAAUCAUACCUCUGUGAUAGUAUCAAUCAAAAUAGAUUUUUUUAAUAGUUUUUUUUAUAUUUAUUGUAAUAAGGAUUUGUCCAGUUGACACAAAAGCUCAUUUGAUUCACUCCCCUCAUUUCUGGACCUGA